GGGGAACUACUUUGAAGGUCCUAUACCAUCCAGUUUUUCUAAAUUAACCUCUCUAAAUGUUCUGCGAAUCAUUGGUUUAUCCAAUGUGAGCUCUUCUCUUGAUUUCAUUAGAAAUUUAAAGAAUUUAACUGACUUAGCUUUAAGAAAUGCAUUAAUUACUGGUAAUAUUCCAUCUGAUAUUGCAGAACUCCAAUCUUUACUUAAUUUGGAUUUGAGUUUCAAUAACUUGACGGGCCAAAUUCCAAGUGCUUUGUUCAAAAUGCGCUCUCUUACAUACUUGUAAAGUCGUAGAAAAUGCUUCAAAAUCUUGAUUAAUGUCAAUUUCAUCCUUAGUUUAUCUGGUCAUCCUAAUGCCAUUAACCUGAUGGUAUUAACCAUCAAAAUUAAAAAAAAAAAAAAAAAAAUCACUGUAUUAUAUUCUGUCAAUGUCCAGGUCUCUUGGAAAUAAUAAUCUGUCUGGUACCAUCCCUAGCCAAAAAAGUGAAAACCUAAUGAAUAUAGAUUUAUCUUACAAUUCUCUGUCUGGAACCUUUCCCCCGUGGGUAUACACAAUCUCCCAACUGAAUCUAGUAGCCAACAACUUCACAUUUGACAGUUCAAACAUAAGUGUUAUACCUAGAUUGCAUUGCCUUCAAAGAAGCUUCCGGUGCAACAGGAACUCUCCACACUAUGCAAACUUCACAAUCAACUGUGGUGGCCCAGAUAUGAUUGUGGAUGGGAUAACAUAUGAGGCUGAAACCUCUUCUCUUGGCAUAGCAUCAUUUUCGGUAAUCCAUACUGAGAAAUGGGCCGUUAGCAAUGUGGGUUUGUUUUCUGGCAGACGUAAUCAACCCUCCAUGCAAAACACCUCGGCACUAGUGAGAAACACGAACUCACCGGAGCUUUAUCAAACUUCGAGGAUAUCCGCUGGAUCACUCAGAUACUAUGGCUUAGGCCUAGAGAAUGGACCUUAUACAGUUAACUUGCUUUUUGCAGAAACAGUUUUCCGAGAUCGAAGCACACAAGUUUGGGAUAGUUUGGGAAGGCGUGUUUUUGAUAUUUAUAUUCAGGGAACAAUUGUAUUGAAGGAUUUUGACAUAUCAAAAGAGGCAGGUGGGGUUGAAAGAGCAAUUAAUAAGAAUUUCACUGCCACUGUGACAGAGAACCAUCUUGAAAUUCACCUAUUCUGGGCUGGUAAGGGAACUUGCUGCAUACCAGAAUUCGGUGACUAUGGACCAUCCAUUUCAGCAAUCAGCGUGGUAUCAAGUGUCACGCCAAAAGAGAAUAGUUUCACACCAAAAGAGAAUAGUACUGGGUUGGUUGUUGGCAUUGCAGUUCCUGUCGGAGUUGUCACCUUCACCUUGAUAUUGUUAUUUGUAGUCUUCUACUCGAGAAGGAGAAAUGAUGAUGAUGAUGAGAAUGGGCUUCUUGGAGUAGGACCCAGACCAAACACCUUCAGUUAUGCCGAGUUGAGAGCUGCAACAGAUGACUUCAGUCCCUCAAAUAAGUUAGGAGAAGGGGGAUUUGGUCCUGUAUACAAGGGUAAACUUUCUGAUGGGCGGGUAGUAGCUGUGAAGCAGCUUUCAGUAGCAUCUCACCAAGGGAAGAGUCAAUUUGUUACUGAGAUUGCUACCAUAUCUGCGGUGCAACACCGCAACCUUGUUCAACUAUACGGAUGCUGCAUCGAAGGGAACAGAUGCCUCCUUGUUUAUGAGUAUCUUGAGAACAAAAGCCUUGACCAAGCACUCUUUGGAAAAAGAGACUUGCAUCUUGAUUGGCCAACCAGGUUCAAUAUCUGCCUAGCAACUGCAAGAGGACUAGCUUAUCUUCAUGAGGAAUCAAGGCUGAGGAUCAUACACAGAGACAUGAAGGCAAGUAACAUUUUGCUUGAUGCGCAGCUGUGUCCAAAAAUAUCUGACUUCGGAUUGGCAAAGCUAUAUGAUGACAAGAAAACUCACAUCAGCACCCGGGUUGCAGGAACUAUUGGCUAUUUGGCACCAGAGUAUGCAAUGCGUGGCCACCUCACUGAGAAGGCAGAUGUUUUUAGCUUUGGUGUUGUUGCUUUGGAAAUUGUCAGUGGAAGACCAAACUCUGACAACAGCCAGGACAAUGACAAGAUCUAUCUUCUUGAACAGGCAUGGACUCUGUAUGAAAGCAACCAAUGUCUUGGUCUGGUGGAUCCAACCCUAGUGAAGUUUAAUGAAAAUGAAGCUUUAAGAAUGAUAAGAGUGGGACUCCUGUGCACGCAAGCAACACCAAUGAUGCGACCACCCAUGUCAAGGGUUAUAGCUAUGCUUGCUGGGGAUAUCGAAGUGAGCCCUGUUGCAUCAAAACCAAGUUAUUUAACUGACUGGGAUUUUGAGGACAUAACAGCCAGCAUCGAGGCUGAAAACACAUCAUCAACUAGAUCUGAGCAUGGUGAUAACAAGAACAAGAACGAUCUUAAUCCAGGGAUAGAGCUGAUGCCUUCUCCAUGAAACAUUACUGAAUUCAGUGGCAUUAUUGUGGAAGGAAGGUGAGAGAUGUUUUUCCUUAAAAGCUCCAUUUUGCCACCUCUCUUGCUUGACCUCUGCCACAUAUUUUCUAGCUCAAUAAAAUGGAUACUGAAAUUGUGUGAAUUUCUGUCAUUCGAACGCUUUACUUUAUAUGUUGAUCAUUUCUCUUCGUAUAAAUUGAACUGAGAUAUUGAAAUAUUGGCAUGCAAUAAGGCUGCAGUGUUUGUAACUCAUGGAUGUCAUUCCUAUCAUCUAGUAAUAUACUUCAAAGCUAUAC